GUCACAGAAAAAUGACUAGGAUGAAAACUGUAGUUUAGUUAAAAUGUCAGCAUCAGUGUACAGUAUUGCAAAAAACGAACUGUAUUGUACAUCAUUGUAGAACAGAUAAAAAUAUAUUGAAAUAAAGUGUUUUCUUUUAGUAGACAUGUUAUUUCUCGAUAUAUAACAAAUUGCUGGUAUUUCUGUCCAUGUUUAAAUUAAAAGUGUAGGUAUUUUACAUAUAGAGCGGUAUUUCAAAGUCUUUUACUCAGUCCAGAAAAGGCCCCUUCGAUGCUGCCUUUGAGAUACAUUGCGUGACAGACACCAGCAGAGUGAAAACAACCCUGGUUAUCAAACAUCCAGCAGCCGUUGCACGCAGUUUCCUCUGACAGUGUACCGCCUAUGUACUCUGACACGCUGCCCCAUCACAACAAACCCGCUGGUGGUCAUUGGCUGGGACAGGAAAGAGCAGCAUCUCCUUUGUUUUGAAGGCAGCUCCCCUGCCUUGGUGCCCCCUGGGCCCUAGUGUCCCUGGAGUGUUAGAGUGGGGUGGUAUUAGUUUUAGCUGCUGGCAGCUCUUGGCUGGUCGGAGUUACUGAUCUCAGCAUUAAUGAAGCAGCAGUCCUGGUUGGGAGGGGAGAGAGAGAGAGGGAGAGAGAGAGAGAGAGAGGGAGGGAGGGAGGGACAAACAGAGGGAGGGGAACCAGAGCAAACAAAUUUAUCCUCCAAUAGCAACUUGGCUAAGUGCCUCUGAGAUGCAUUCUUAGCAUCCCACAGCCAGGACCGGCCCAGAGCGGAAGAACCAGUACCAGUUCCGACAGGCCAAGUGCAUCGCCGCUUGCAGCAGGUCACGGAGAGCAGCUUGUGCCGGGAAUCCUCUGCCCCACGAGAAGUUCCUUUCCCAUCGUCCCAUCAUGUCCGACUGCGAGGGAUUGCCGAUGGAGAUCAGGACGAGCUUUAAUGGCACGACGCUCCCGACACGGAGGAAGGUGGAGAGAGGGAGGGACGCCGGAGGCAGGACGGGAAGGAACAUACAACAAAUGAAAACAUUCUUUUCCAACUCCUGCGCAAAAGUCUCCUCCUCUUUCCACGUUGACUCUGCCGACGGUCCAUUCAGGAGGAAGGGGGGGGGGCUGUGUUCACAUGACAUAAUCGGAGUGAAAGGGUUGCCAUGGUAACUGACACUGGCAGGCCAACCCAAGACAACUGGAUGUUGAAUGGAGGAAGAGCUGCCGUGGCGAGCAAGCGAAAGUGACGGAGAGUCGCGGGCGGCAGCGGGAGGCAGAGGGGCAGCCAGGGAGAAUGGAAGACGGCUUCUGCAGCUUCAGCACCCUCUAUGACACCUCGUCGCUGCUACAGUUCUGUAACGAUGACAGCGCCUCAGCAGCCAGCAGUAUGGAGGUCACUGACCGCAUCGCCUCGCUGGAGCAGCGCGUGCAGAUGCAGGAGGAUGAGAUCCAGCUGCUGAAAUCGGCGCUGGCUGACGUGGUGCGGAGGCUCAACGUCUCUGAGGAGCAGCAGGCCAUGGUCAACAGGAAGGGACCCACCAAAGCCAGGCCCCUGAUACCGGCUUUACCCCUGCGGCCCACAGUCAACAAUGGCACAGUCCUACCAAAGAAACCCAGCACGUUGCCGUCCCCCUCAAACUCCCGGAAGGACACUGCAGCGUCAGCAACCAAGAGUCUGUCCAGCUCAUCCCAACUCUUCCGAGUGGCUCUCAGCACUGUGAAGAGAACCAGCUCCACCGAGCGCAUGGGCACCUUGACGCGCAAGGAGAGCAUCGGCGAUACCAAGAGCAGCCGCACGCGCGCCGGCUCCACGGGCAGCAACUCCAGCGGCAAGCGGACCAGCGAGAGCAAACAGAAGGAGCCCGUGUUCAGCGCAGGGAUGCGGCGAGUGACUCACUGCACAGAGGAAGGCUAUGUGAAAAUGUAUCUGAAGGGCCGCCCCGUCACCAUGUACAUGCCCAAAGACCAGGUGGAAUCCUACUGCCUGGAGGCAAAGUCAGAGCUUCCAUCCAAGAAGCUGAAAUUGGAUUGGGUCUAUGGGUACCGUGGGCGUGACUGCCGCUCCAACCUCUACCUGCUGCCCACGGGAGAGACGGUCUACUUCAUCGCCUCAGUGGUGGUGCUCUACAAUGUGGACGAGCAGCUGCAGCGCCAUUACACUGGUCACACCGAUGACGUCAAGUGCCUGGCCGUCCACCCUGACAAAAUCACCAUAGCGACAGGACAAGUGGCUGGCACCUCCACCGAUGGCAAACAGUUGCCCCCCCACGUGCGGGUGUGGGAUUCGGUGAGCCUGAACACGCUCCACGUCCUUGGCUCCGGCUUCUUCGACCGCGCCCUGGCCUGCCUCUCCUUCUCCAAAUCGAACGGGGGCGGUACGCUCUGCGUGGUCGACGACUCCAACGACCACGUCCUCUCCGUGUGGGACUGGCAGAGAGAGGAGAAGCUGGCUGAUGUCAAGUGUUCAAACGAGUCAGUUUUCGGCGCCGACUUCCACCCCACCGACACCAACAUAAUUGUCACCUGGGGGAAGUCCCACCUCUACUUCUGGACACUAGAGGGCAGCUCUCUUGUGAAGAAACAGGGCCUCUUCGAGAAACAAGAGAAGCCCAAGUUUGUCUUGUGUGUGACUUUUUCAGAAAAUGGUGACACACUAACAGGAGACUCCAGUGGAAAUAUUCUUGUCUGGGGCAAAGGUACUAACCGCAUCAGCUACGCCAUCCAGGGCGCCCACGAGGGCGGGAUCUUCGCUCUCUGCAUGCUGCGCAAUGGCACGCUGGUGUCUGGAGGGGGGAAAGACCGGAAGCUCAUCUCCUGGGAUGGAAACUACCAGAAAGUCCAGGUGGUGGAGAUUCCAGAGCCAUACGGCCCGGUGCGUACAGUGGCCGAGGGAAAAGGGGACAGCGUGCUCGUUGGAACCACGCGGAACUACGUCCUGCGGGGCACGCUGGCUGGCGACUUCAUGCCCAUCACCCAGGGCCACACGGACGAGCUUUGGGGCCUGGCUGUGCAUCCCUCAGAACCACAGUUCCUCACCUGUGGCCAUGACAAGCACGUCAGCCUGUGGAACUCCUCCACCCACCAGCCAGUGUGGACCAAGACGAUGGAGGAUGCAGCCCAGUCUGCCGGUUUCCACCCCUCCAGAGAGGUGGUUGCCAUAGGAACGCAGACCGGCAGAUGGCUAGUCCUGGACACCGAGACGAAAGACCUGGUGACGGUGCACACAGACGGGAACGAACAGCUGUCUGUCAUGCGAUAUAGCCCAGAUGGCAAUUUCCUCGCAAUCGGAUCCCACGACAACUACAUCUACAUCUACGCGGUGACAGAGAAUGGCAGGAAGUACAGCCGAGUAGGGAAGUGCUCAGGUCACUCAAGCUUCAUUACCCACCUGGACUGGUCGGUGGACUCACAGUAUCUCAUGUCCAACUCAGGGGACUAUGAAAUUCUUUACUGGAUCCCUUCGGUCUGCAAGCAGGUGGUCAGCGUGGAGACCACCCGUGACAUCUUGUGGGCCACCUGCACCUGCACGCUGGGCUUCCAUGUGUUUGGACUCUGGCCAGAGGGCUCGGAUGGAACGGACAUCAAUGCUGUCUGCAGAUCCAAUGAGAAGAAACUGCUUGUCACUGGUGAUGACUUUGGGAAGGUGCAUCUGUUCUCGUACCCUUGCUCACAAUUCCGGGCACCCAGUCAUGUCUACGGUGGACAUAGCAGUCAUGUGACCAAUGUGAACUUCCUGUUUGACGACAGUUACCUAAUCUCCACUGGAGGGAAGGACAUGAGCAUCAUGCAGUGGCGGGUGGUAUAAAAGGACUCCCCGGGCACGUGGCGAGUGUGUCUGCUCGGGACCGAGCGCGGGUGGGGCUGUCCCCGAGUUCCAAAGAUGAGAGCAAAGAAAUGACACAGCAACGGCCCGUGGGUGACACAACUGGCUGGAUUUCCCUCUUGUGUUUUGUAGUAUUUUAUUAUAUUAUAUUUGUAUUUCACUGCUCAGGAAAACUAAAGAACCGUGAUAUUUGAAAUUGCCGCAGCUUUUUAUGCCUCACAAAAGUGACACCAUCUGGCCUCCGAAUUCCUUUCUGCUUUGGAAAUGCAAGCAAAAUCUUUUUUACAGACUAAUUUGCAUGAAUUUUGACCACCAAGAAUUCAUUAAAAAUAUUACGUAUUUGGA